AUGCCUGGCGAGCACGACGCCGCAAAGGCCAACACUGCCGUCGCGUCCGGCGCGCCGCAGCACCACAGCGCGCAGAAGGGCGACGGCCGCGGCACGGCCGGCACGAUUGACUCGCCCCGCGACGCUACCCAGACAGGUAGCUCGGGCACACCCGUCGUCGUGCCCUCUGCUGGCGCGCGCUCAUCCUCGGGAGCCUCGGCGCCCGGCAGCCCCACGACGCCGGCGCGCGCGACCGCUCCCGGCCCCCCGUCGUACGCCACCCCCGCCUCGCCAUCGGCUCGCUCGGCCACCUCUCCCACCUCCCCUUCCCGCUCCCACCUCUCGCCGACCGCAGCCUCGCCGACCGCACCCACCGGCCCCGAGCUCUCGCGCCAGCGCUCCCCUGUCCCCGAGUUUCCCAAGCUGCCCGCUGCCCCGCCCCCGAAAGUCUACGGCAUGGGGUACUCAAACUUCCGCCGCGUCCCCAAGGCCCAGGACUACGCCGGCAUCAAGCAGGAGCACGAGAAGCAGGCAGACGAGUACGACCGCAUCCUCCAGGAGCGCGAGGCCGCGCUGCGCGCCAACGGCGAGCUCGCGCACUCGAGCGGCAGCCUCACCCCAGAGGCGGCGCCCGUCGACGACGCCGUCGCCGAGCCUGGCGGCGGCGAGAAGACCUCGGCGAACAUGGGCGCCAACGAGAAGGCGCGCCUUAUGGAGCAGAUGAAUGCCAACCAGGAGAAACCAACCGAGCGCUUCAAGAAGCGCAGCAAGGGCGAGCGCCGCGUCCGCGAUCCUAUCACCGGCAAAGCGAUCGUCGUCAAGGACGCCGACCCCAAGGACUUUGACUCGUCCCACACCCGGAUCAUGGGCACCAAUGUGCUCUACUACGACUUCCCACCGCCUGCGCCAAAGGGCCUCACCGACAUUCUCGGCUAUAUCGAAUCCGCUGAGAAGCUCGUCGCCGCCGGCUUCGUCGUCCUCUGGAUCCUCGUGUCGUGGGGCAGCUCGUGGUGGGGCUUCUGCUUCCGGUCGGCCGUCGUCGGAGGCGCUGGCGUCGCCGUCACAUCCUUCAUGUCCAUUAACCGCAAGAAGAUGGAGAAGGAGGUCAUGGCCAUCCGCCAGGACCAGCACCGCACGCGCGGCAACGCCAUGGUGCCCCCCACGCCCGAAAGCGUCGAGUGGCUCAACCACCUCGUCCAACUCGUCUGGGGCCUGAUCGACAACACCAUGUUCAUCCCGCUUGCCGACACGGUCGAAGACAUUCUCCAGCAGUCGCUUCCGGGCUUUGUCGACUCCGUGCGCAUCACCGAUGUCGACCAGGGCUCGAACGCCCUGCGCAUCACCAGCAUCCGUGCACUCCCCGACCAGCCCGGAGACAAGGGGUACCCGAAGAAGGAUUGGAUCGACGACGGCCAGGACGUCAAGCUCAAGGACACGACUGGCAAAGAGAUCGAGGAGGACCAGGCGGGUGACUACUACAACUUUGAGGCAGCAUUCGCCUACUCGGCGCUUCCCGGCCAGAAGGACCGAUCCAAGAACAUCCACAUGCUCAUCCAGUUCUUCCUCGGCAUGAACGACUGGUUCCACAUCCCCAUCCCUAUCUGGAUCCAGAUCGAACAGAUCUUCGGCAUUAUCCGCCUCCGUGUGCAGUUCAUCCCCGACCCGCCGUUCGUGCGCAACGUAACCUUUGCCCUCUGCGGCGUCCCCUCCGUCGAGGUCUCGGCCAUCCCCAUGUCGCGUCACCUGCCCAAUGUUCUAGACCUUCCCCUUAUCUCGUCUUUCGUCAAAGACGGCAUUGCUGCCGGCACGGCCGAGUUGUCCGUGCCCAAGUCGAUGACGCUCAACAUCAAGGAGAUGCUCAGCGGCACUGUCGGCGACACGCACGCCAUGGGCGUCUUCGUCAUCGCCGUGCACUACUGCGAGGACCUCUCGGCUCAGGACAGCAACGGCUUCUCGGACCCCUACAUUGUCCUUGCGUACGCCAAGUACGGCCGCCCGCUGUACUCGACCCGCAUCAUCCUGCAGGACCUCAACCCUGUGUACGAGGAGACAGCGUUCCUGCUUGUGUCGAUGGAUGAGGUGCGCAGCCAGGAGGAGCUUGUAGCUAUGCUCUGGGACAGCGACAACAUGAGCGCCGACGACCUCGUCGGUCGUGUCCAGAUCCCCAUUGAGGAGCUCAUGGCCAAGCCCAACAAGAUGUACCGCCGCGAAGACAGUCUCAAGGGCUUUGAGGACGGCAACGAGAUGCCUGGCAAGCUCGUGUGGUCGAUCGGCUACUUUGACCGUGUCCCGCUCGACAAGAAGUACGAGCGCCUGCCUACGAUCGAGGAGGCCAAGGCGCAGCCCGCGCCCGUGUCCGCGCCGUCCAAGGAGAUGCUCCCCGGCGAUGCGGCACCCAACCCCGCGCGCGACUUCAUGCCGCCCGAGGCGCCGACGCUCGACAAGACGCGUCCAGACCCGGAGUGGAACAGCGGCAUUCUCUCCAUCAUUCUCCACCAGGUUACCAACCUCGAGCGUCAGCACCUAGAGGGCAAGAGUGGCAAGGACCGCGAGGGCGAGGCCGGGCAGGACACGGAUGACCCGAGCGAGCAGACCGAGAACCUGCCGAGUGGUUACGGCGAGUUUAUUGUCAACGACUCACUCGUGUACCGCACGCGCGUCAAGCAAUACAGCGUCAACCCGUACUUUGAGGCGGGUACUGAGGUGUUUAUCCGCGACUUCCGCACCACUGAGGUGCGCGUUGUAAUCCGUGACUCGCGCCUGCGCGAGUCCGACCCGAUCAUGGGCAUCGUGACCGUCAACCUCGCUGAUGUGUUCGCCGACUGCUCCAGCAUCAAGAAAAUGUAUCCGAUCCAGGAGGGCGUGGGCUUUGGCAAGGCCAACAUCUCGUUCGCGUUCCGUGGCAUCAAGGCGACACUGCCCGACCGCCUGCGAGGGUGGGACACGGGCACCCUUACGAUCAGCCGCGUGCGGCUGUGCGGUGACCCGGCCAAGCGGGACGUAUGGGAGGCGCGCGAAGUAAAUCUCAAGGUGGAGACGAACGAGAGCACAGAGAAAAUGCGCAAGCGCGAAGCGCAAGACGAAGGCGGCGAGAUCGUCUGGGACAUUGAGCCGCUCUACAUGCCCAUCUACAACCGGUACCAGGCGCACGUGUGGUUCAAGUUCGGCUCGACGGGCCUCGGCAAGGUCAUUGGCAAGGGCAAGCCCGAGGCGAUGGCCGUGCUGUGGCUGCAAGACCUGACGGACCUGCAGGACGCCGAGGUCGAGCUGCCCGUCAUCGUGUCGGACGACAUGAAGCAGCUGCAGCAGAACGUGAUCAACGACCAGACGCUGCGGACGCACAAGUUUGAGGUUGUCGGCACGAUCAAGGCGCGCAUGGAGUUCACGCCGGGGCUCGACCUGCACCACGAAAACCUCCGGCUGUCGCAGGGCCGCCGGCACGCAUUCCAGGCGUGGAUGGCUGUCGAGGGCGAAAGCGAGAUCGCGUACCGCCAGCAGGCGUUUGACGACGACGGCGUGAUUGACCGCUCGGAGAAGCGCGAGAUGAAGAAGCUGCACCGCCGGCAGCUCGAGAGCCGCGGCCGCGGCAUGGCGCAGGUUGGCGCGUACCGCAGUGCCAAGUGGAUCGGGCGGGGUGUGAUGGACCGGCUGCCGGGCAAGAAGAAGACACGCGAGCGUGAGUGCAACGAGAGGCGGAGCUGA